AUGAACCAAGAUCAUAAAGAAGAUGUCUACAACUUCAAAAAACAGGAGCAAAAAAGUUCUGAUAUAAGCAAAGAGCUUAAGUUAAGGAUCCAAGAGCUGAAAGAUAAAAUACGGGUCCUCAAAGAAAAAGAGAGACAGUGGAUGGAAUCUGUCACCAAUGACAAUGAUCUACAAGAUGAGUUAGCUGUCUCCAAAGAUCAGGGUUUCACACACAAUGAAGGGAUCCAAGAGAAAAUGAGAAUUCAAGAAAGAGAAGAUGAAAUAGGUGAGCUCAAGAACUGUGAGAUACAGCCCAGAGACAAAGAAGAGGGAAUGCUAAUUGAAAGUGGGCAUGAAAGCGUAGGCAGAAAACAGGAAAGCAGAGGAUUUGAAGUCACUGAAGAAGCAAAGGUUAAGAAAAUGACACAAGAAGGGCAUGGGGUUAUCAUAAAGCCAGGUCAAGAUAAGGUUAGGAGAGACGCAGCUGUUGAGAAAGAAACGGAUCCCUUGAAAAAGCUGAAUCGAGAUCAGGAGCAGGAAAAAGUGGUAGCAAAUAUGGACACAAUCAUUGUCCAAAAGCUACAAGAGGAAACUAGUUUCUUCAAACAACCAAGUGAGGAGAAAAUAUGGAGAAAUAUUGUGGUCAAAGAAGAUAUAAAGAGGAGUCAAAAUCAAGAUGAAGAAGUUGAAGUUCUUCAAAAGAUAAACCAACGUCUGGAGCACAGGGACACUAUGGCCUCUGAAGAGCCAGAGAUGAACCAACUUAUGCUGGCAGAAGUUGGUGGCCAUGAAAUGUUAGACAAUAAACAGGAAAGGGAGGACAAAAUAGACACAGAAUACAACAUGGUGGUCCAAAAUCCACAGGAAUGCAUCCGUUUUGAAAGAAAUGUGAGCUUAGAGCAAGAGUGGUCUGGAAAAGAAGCAAAGAUGAUCCAAAAAUCACAAGAGGAAUUAGGUACCCAUGAAAGCCUAUGCCAGGAGCAACAUUGGACAGAUAAUAUGUUUUAUAAACAGACAAAAGUGGACAAUACUUUUCAAGAAGAAUGCAAUAACUAUGAAAAACAUGAAUGGGGACACAGAAGCAAUGAAGUUAGUGGAAAGGUAAAGUGCAUCCAGUGCCCACAAAAGGAAUUUGGUUUCUCCAAAGAACAAGAGUGGAGAAGACAAAGUCAUUUAAUUGACAAUUCCACAGUAAUUCAAGAAUUACAAAAUACCAUUUACUUUCUCAAUGAGGAAGUGAUCAGAAGAGAUGCAGAGAUUUUUGAAAAUAUUAAGGUGAUUCAAGAAUUGCAAAAUGCAAUUUACUUCCUCAGUAUGGAUAUUUGGAAGAAAGACAUGGAGGUAAACGAACAUAUGAAAAUGAACAGGAAGCUGGAAGAGGAAAUCUGUAUCCUUAAUGUGGAGGUGUGCAGGAAGGGUCACGAAGUCAAUGAAUCUUUAGAAAUGAAAGAGGAGCUGCAGGCUGAAAAUUAUCAUUUGAAGGAGAGUGAGGUAGGAUGUGGGGCAGAGAUGGUUGACAAAGUCAGGAGGAAUCAAGAAAUCAGUCACUCAAUCAAAGAGAUGGAACAGACGGGCAUUGCUAUGGUUGACAAUUAUAUAACUAAGACCCAAGAACAGAGAGAGACCGACUUCUUUCUCAAGGAACACACAUGGAAGAAAGACACUAAUGUUUCUGAAAAUACAGAAAUGAUCCAAAAAAUGCAAAAUGCAAUUUUCUUUCUUAAUGAGGAAGUUUGGAAAAGAGAUGUUGAAAUCUGUGAAAAUGUAAAAAUGAUCCAAAACUUGCAAAAUGCAGUAUACUUCCUCAAUUUUAUGAUGUUGAGGAGAGAUGCUGAGAUCAAUGAGAACAUCAGGAUGAAUCAAGCUCUGGAAGAAAAUGUUUGCUUCCUUAACGUUGAGGUAUGCAAAAGAGAUUCUAGUAUUUGGAAAAAUGCGGAGAAGAAUCGGGAACUACAAGUGGAAAACUGUAUUGUCAAGAAACUUAAAGAGAGUAAGGCUAUUGAAAAAAUGAGCACAGUCCACCAAAAAGCAAAAAGUGAAGAGAAGACUGGUCAAGAUAUCAAAAGUUCUGAGUUCCAAGACCAAAUUUCUGUGUCUGUAGCACCACUUCAGAAGAAGGCCAUUCAUUUCAAGGAGAACAAUGCCAUUAAUGAGUUGCAAAAAGAAAUAUUGGACCUUAAAGAGCAGAUGGCUCAAGAACUGAAAAACGCCAUUUCUUUUCUCAAUAUGGACAUCUGCAUGGAAAAAACAGGAAGUCACAGAGGUGAAAUGGAAAGCCAAGACUCAAAAAAUGAAUCGCCGCCUAGGCAAGAUGUUGUAGUCGAUAGUGACCUUGUAGUAAAUACAAAUGUUCAACAAGCAAUUCCAGUUGAUAAGCAGAAGAACCAUAGUGUGCAAAUUCAAACAAAAUUGUUGAUGAAUGGUGAUCUGGUGGAGCAAAAGUGGAUAAGAGACACUGAAAUCGGUGAACAUUCACCAGUAAAUUGUAACCUUCAGGAAACCCCUGUCUUCAAUCCUCAGGAACAGUGCAUAGAACUGGAAUUUUCAGGUAUUAACAAUGAGAAUCAGAAGCCACAAGAAGACAUUUGUGUAGCUGUAGAGAUGGAAGGUGCAUUUCUAAAGAUAAAUCUAGAUGUUCAGGAAGAAAUCCCUUUUCUCAACGAGAAUCAGUUGAGUAGAAAACAGUUGGAUCAGGAUAACAUAAAUGACAGCAGUAGUCGAGAAGAGGAAAACUCAGUCCUCAAAGAAGAUGAGAUGAUGACCAACACUGACAUAAGUGAAAACACAGUGGAAGACCUACAAGUGCAGAAAAAAAUGUUUCUCCUUGAUGUGGAAGAGCAGAGCAAAGAAGAAAAAGCAAACCAAGAUAAUAUAAACUCAAGUAAGGAGAUGCAAGGGGAAAUCAGUGUUUUGAGCAAUCAGAAAGAGAAGGAUGAUAUCUGUUUUAGCCAAAACGAAUUAGUGAGUCUAGAAAAAACAUUUCGUAUCAAUGAGCUGGAUCAGACUAAAGACGGGAACAUGAUUCGGAAUGAUAUGAUGACAAAACAGGGAUCUCAGGAGGAAAUAAAUAUUCUAGAUGAUAAGAAACACACGCCUGAUGCUGACCUUAGUGAAAAUGAAAAGGAGGAUUUGGUGGUGCAAGUAGAAAGAUUUAUCAUCAAUGAGCAGGAUCAUGCUAAAGAAGACGUGAUUCAGAAUAAUGUGAUGACAAAUCAGGGAUUACAGGAGGAGAUAAAGGCUCUUGAUGAUCAGAAGCAGAUGACCAAAGCUGACCUUAGUGAAAAUAUAAAGGAGGAUUUGGUGGCCCAGGAAGAAACAUUUAUCAUCAAUGAGCAGAAUCAAACUAAAGAACACAUGAUUCAGGAUAAUGUUAUGACAAACCAGGGAUCACAGGAGGAGAUAAAUGUUUUUGAUGAUCAGAAGCAGAUGGCCGAAGUUGGCCUUAGUGACAAUAUAAAGGAGGAUUUGGUGGUGAGGGAAGAAACAUUUCUCUUCAAUGAGGAGGAUCAGAGAAAAGAGGAUAAAAUGUAUGAUAAUGUAGUUGCAAAUCAGGAACCGCAAGUGAACAUAUAUGCUGACAAUGAUCAGGUUAACAAGGUGGACACAAACUUUGGGGAAAGUAAAAAGACUGAGGAAGAAACAUUUGUGCUUAAUGAGCAAGAUCAAAGAAAAGAGGAAGAAGCAAUCCAAGGUAACAUAAAUACAAGUAAGGGGAUACAAGGGGAAGUCUGUGUUUUGAAUGAUCAGCAAAAGAUGGAAGAUAUCCUCUCGAGUCUAGAUAAGUCAGUGAACCCAAAAGCGCAGGAAAAAAUCAGUUCUCCUCACUGA